ACACGAUCGCUCUACCUCAGUGCUGGGAGACCGCCCGACCGACCGCCCGCUCGCUCGUUCACCCGCCCGCCACUUGCCUCUGUCUGUCUACACGUGCCUCUCUACAAGGCUGAAACACCCUCGCUCCUCACUUGCUCCGUCACUGGACAUUCACUGGCACUGGAGGAAACACGUCCGACUCAACUUAAUGGAAACUUGGAAACUUUAGUCAUGUUUCUCAGAACGUUUGUUCAAAGCUGUACACAUUAUGAAUUCAAGGAGUAAACGUAUAACUGUGAUCUCGUUUUCCUCUGAGGGUAGCGGCGUCAACACCACCCCCCGGGCACCCUGGUCUUGAAUUAGUUAGCCGGGUAGGGCUGGACGAUGGGAGGGACAGGAUGUUACCUCAACCCCCCAGCUGUGCCGGGUUAUUUUGCCAGUGGUCAAUGAAACAAGCAGACCUAGUCCUAAGGCUGUGUAAUGGUCAAAUGCACCCGGUUGCCCGCGGGUAAGGAUCAGUAGACUCGGUGUCGGAAGUACUGUGAGAUCUAACAGCUACCAUUCUUACGGAUUUGCGGAAAUUGUUUACCUCUUAGUAACCUGUACCAUUGAACGGAGUAGGAGUGUUAUUUGGUGUGUGUGUAAUAUUGUGUCCAGUGAUAUCACUCAGCACAGUCCAAGUUGCUGUACAUGGGGAGUACUCUUCAUGUGGCGACACACAACGCACUUACAUCAGAGGGAACCAUUCACUGCUUGUAUGGAGGAUGAGACAUCGGCCCUUGCCACAGUAUCAGUGUACAUUAAUGUGCGAUGUGUGCCCAUACGUGAGUAGUGUACCUACAAAGAAAACAAAGGUGUGUCCCACCCACCCUGGCUGCUGAUUCCCGGGUGUCACCCCACCCCCGCCUCAACCCCUGCCUGUCCGGCUGAUGGGCGUUAUCGGCCUGGGGCCCGCCAUGCUGGGGAGAGUCGGUGGGCUACUGGUGGUCAUCCUUCUUCUCUCCAUGUGCCUCGGCAACGUCGUCGGUCGGUCGCGCGGACACAGUCGCCUGUCGUUGUGGAUAGAUAAAGCUCAGAUCAGAGAACUUAUUGGGACUGAAUUAGCAAAGGACAUACCCAUUAUUUCGGACGGUAGAGUCACACCAUUUCUGAACUAUCCCGGAUUGUCUGCAUCAAUGGUCAUUCCGCCAGACGUGGAUUCCGUCAACCUUACGUGGAAGGCAGGCAAUGAGAAUUUCAAGUACUGGUUUGAGAACCUGACGUCCCUGAAUACAUCCCUGCUGUAUAACCCUUUACUAAGCAUUCCGACCCAGGGCUGGAUACCACACGGGCAGACAGUAUUUCAGAUGUCAAUACCGUGUACGGGAAAAGAGAAAGGUGUUGCAUCUCUACUGCUGGGGCUCAGGAUCUACAACAACAAAAGCGGUCUUGCCUUGGAAGGCACGCCGAUUUCCUUCACUCUCAAGAAGGAAUGUCACGCAUUUGACACAAGCUCCCUGUGCGAGUCCGAAUGCGAGAACGGGGGCACAUGCACGGAGGUCGGCGAAUGCUCGUGUAUGCAGGGAUUUGAGGGCAAGUUUUGUCGUCUAGCCCUCUGUAAUCCGAUCUGUCAGAACAAUGGAACGUGCAUAUCUCCCGAAGUGUGCGCAUGUCCGGAAGGGUAUACUGGGACUCACUGUGAGAAAGCCACCUGUGGGCGUACCUGUGAGAACGGUGGGCGGUGCCUGCCCGAGGGGUACUGCUGGUGCACAAAGGGGUACUAUGGGGAGGCGUGCGAAUACAGUCACUGCAACAACAGCCCGUGUGAGAAUGGAGGUACAUGUAUCGGCCCAAUCAGAUGUCAGUGUUCUGCGGGUUUCUCCGGCAACCAGUGUCAACACAGCAAUACGGACCGGCCGCGGCGCAGUGAUGACCGGAGGCGCAAUACAGACAAAAACAAACGAAAUCCAAGCAGAAAGAAAAAACGACGGACACGGAAGGACCGGAAAGAGAGAAAAGCUGAAUUCGAAAAGAAGCUGUUGAAAACAGAAAAACGCAUUCUGAAGAUUAUCAAGCGGAAGUCUAAAGUUUGGAGUUUGACCAGAGAAGACAGGCGUGUGUUUCGUAAACUGCUGCGCGAAAGUCAGCAACGGACUUUACUCAUGAAAGAGAGAAACUGGCUCUCGAAAAUAUUGACACGGGAAAAAGAUAAACUUACAAAUAAAGAAAAGCUUAAGUUGAAGCGCUAUAAGAAACUGAUAAGGAUGGGAAGACGACGAAAGCCCAAAAAGAAGCAGUACGUGUAGUUGUGCUGAGAGAGCGAGAACACUUUGGGGAUGUGUGAAGCACACGACAGCCAGUGAUUCAGGUUGUACGUGAACAAUUCACGAAGGUGUAAGUGAUUAUGAGCGGACGAUUGAAUAUCGCCAUAAGUUUGGGCAUAUACUUUUGACUGGUUCAUAAUUAUUUGAUGAAACGGUUAUGCUGAUCGGGUGGUGUUGCUAUGGAUAAUAGGCGGGUGGGGAGUUGGAACCCGGAAUAUAUGAAUUUCGAAUUAAAUAUUGUCUUCCUUUAACGUGGGCAUAUUUGACAUGUAUAUUUAUAAGCUUUAAUAUGACCAAAGAUACCUGAUUCUCCGAAGCAGAGAAACAUAUCCGUGUAGAUCCGUGCUCCAGCCUUGACUGAUGGGAUGACCAAUGCCAAGAGAUAGUAUAGUGACCAGUUGACAAGAAUGGGAGUAGAAGUGCUCUUAUACGCAAUGUUCUGCUCCGCAACGGUCGGUGUCACGCAACCAUAUAAACACGCCGCGCCCGGAAGUACAUUCUUACGUUCGAAUCCUUCUUUCCCAUGCCUCGUACCUCCUUGAAAAACUCCGUAAGAAAAACAUCAACCUACUAAUGUGAUGUGCCAUCUCUCCACUGUACACCCCGCAACAAAAACAUCAACCUACUAAUGUGAUGUGCCAUCUCUCCACUGUACACCCCGCAACAAAAACAUCAACCUACUAAUGUGAUGUGCCAUCUCUCCUCUGUACACUCCAGUGGGGGGAGGGAGGCUUAGAGAUGGAAGAGAAUGAAGGCUUAGAGAGGGAGGAGAAUGGAGGCUUAGAGAGGGAAGAAAAUGGAGGUUAGAGAGGGAGAGGAUGGAGGCUUAGAGAAGGAGGAUGGAGGCCUAGAGAGGGAAGAAAAUGGAGGUUAGAGAGGGAGGGGAUGGAGGCUUAGAGAAGGAGGAUGGAGGCUUAGAGAGGGAGGAGAAUGGAAGCUUAGAGAGGGAGGAGAAUGCAGGCUUAGAGAGGGAGGAGAAAGAUGGUGGCUUAGCGAGGGAGGAGAAAGAUGGUGGCUUAGAGAUGGAGGUUCUAGAUAGAAGGGGUGGUAGGUCGAUAGGCACAUAUAGGGGAUGUUGGAAGCUUUGAGAAGCUUUGAGGCCAACAGAGGAGAGGAGGACACAGGCCUAAAUGUUGUAUGCAAGGAAGCACAGAUAGAUGUUAGAGGCCUACGACGGAUGAGAGGCUAAGAAAGACAACACUGGAAGGCGGCUCAGAUGAGGGUAGGUGAGAGGGAGGGAAGUACGGUUGUGAGUCUACACAGGACGCCUGCCAGCAUGGGUUGUAUAUAUUGACUAGAGCAAUAAGUUACUGUUAUAUAUUCAUGACAUGAAUGUGAAAUAAAGCCCAAUUGUGAUUGUCCGUGUCA